AAAAACUCUAGGGAGAUGACGAAUCAGUCAGAGGCAGACAAUUUUCCCGAAUCCAAGGACGCAUCAGGGGACGUCCAGAGGGGCAAACUCUCUCCUGAUCUUCACGGAGUCUCUGACAUCCGUCAUAAUUUCGAUGGAUCUGCAGGAGAAAGGUGCAUCUUUUCUCCAUCUACCCAGCCACAGUCAGUCUCAGCAGCUCCCAGUGCCAUGUUCCCUUACCCGAGCCAGCAUGGGCCAGCGCACCCGGCUUUUUCUAUUGGAAGUCCCAGCCGAUAUAUGGCUCAUCAUCCGGUCAUAACUAAUGGAGCUUACAACAGCCUUCUCACCAAUACUUCUCCUCAAGGCUACCCGGCAGCGGGCUACCCUUACGCGCAACAGUAUGGACACACUUACCAAGGAGGGGCUUUUUACCAGUUCUCUUCGGCGCAAGCAGGACUGGUUCCGGGGAAAGCGCAGGUGUAUCUGUGCAACAGGGCCCUGUGGCUGAAGUUUCACAGACACCAAACAGAGAUGAUCAUCACAAAGCAAGGACGACGAAUGUUUCCGUUUUUAAGCUUCAACAUUUCUGGCCUCGACCCCACUGCUCACUACAAUAUAUUUGUGGAUGUAAUACUUGCUGAUCCAAAUCACUGGCGAUUUCAAGGAGGAAAGUGGGUACCAUGUGGAAAAGCAGACACAAAUGUAAUAGGAAAUAGGGUUUACAUGCACCCGGACUCGCCAAAUACCGGUGCGCACUGGAUGCGUCAAGAAAUAUCAUUUGGGAAGCUAAAGCUUACAAACAAUAAGGGUGCCUCAAACAACACAGGGCAGAUGGUGGUUCUCCAGUCUCUCCACAAGUACCAGCCCAGGCUCCAUGUGGUGGAAGUAAACGAGGAUGGGACAGAAGACACCAGCCAACCAGGAAGAGUCCAGACUUUCACCUUCACAGAAACGCAAUUCAUUGCCGUCACAGCUUACCAGAAUACCGACAUUACGCAACUGAAAAUUGACCACAAUCCGUUUGCUAAAGGAUUUCGGGACAACUAUGACACUGUCUACACAGGCUGCGACAUUGACCGCCUAACUCCAUCACCGGGUGACUCUCCGCGUUCACAGAUCGUGCCGGGUGCGAGAUAUGCCAUGCCUAGCUCUUUCCUGCAGGACCAAUUUGUCAGCACUUAUGCCAAAUCUCGCUUUCACCCUGGCGUGGGGACUGGUCCUGGCACGGAGCGCAGCGUCCCACUCGGCAACAGCUUGCUAUCCCCGCAGCAAACCGAGGAGCCCACUGUUGCCACCCCCCCGCAGCGAUGGUUUGUCACCCCUGCCAACAACCGACUGGACUUUGCUGCCUCGGCAUACGACGCCGCUGAUUUCGCCGGUAACGCGGCCACCUUGCUGUCCUACGCAGCGGCCGGAGUAAAGGCUCUUCCCCUGCCGACUGCAGGCUGCUCCAACCGGCCUCUUGGCUAUUACGCAGACCCGUCAGGCUGGGGAGGACGCACGCCGCCGCAGUACUGUGGUGUAAAUAGCAAAUCCAGCUCGGUCUUUUCCUGCUGGCCCGCUAACUCUAUCGGUGGCAGAGCGGCCACCAACUACCUGGCCGAGGAGGGAGACUCCAUCCCGACGGAGAGAUCACCUAUUGGCGGCUCGGAGGAGACCAAACCCAAAGACAUGACAUCUGAGUCGAGCUGGAUAGAGACGCCGUCCUCCAUUAAGUCCAUUGAUUCAAGCGAUUCUGGUAUUUUUGAACAGGCCAAAAGGAGAAGAAUCUCACCUUCUGCCACGCCGGUUUCAGAGACAGUGUCCCCGUUAAAAUCUGAGCUGCUGGCACCGAGAGAGUGUGAGAAGAACUGCACAAAGGACAUUGGACCUGGGGUGAAAGGGGACAAUUUCAGUAGCUUGAAGUUGGAGAGGACCCACAUCAUCUACUGUAAGGACAAUAAGACGCUCACUGCUGCACCUGACGGGAUUAUACACAGCGGAGAUCUCGGCGCCAUCUCUCUGUUACCGGAGAAGUGCUCAGAGAAGGUGAUGGACACCGCGGACCAGGGUGCUGCUCAGAUAGAGCCGCUGCUGCCAUCGCAUUUAAAAGAUGCAGGAGGCAGGCACAGAGUGUUUGGCAGUCAGUAUCCUUCCACAGCGGAGGACACACAGGGAAACCUCAUGCAUUCUGAAAACUUGGAGGCUCCUUGGCUCUUCAAAUGUCAGCGGAACGACGAUGAGGCUGUGGUGGACAGAGGGGGAACAUGGUCCCAACAGAGAACCGACUUUGAGCAGGAAGAUCUUGAAGGCCACAGGACUCUCUACAUCGGGGUCCAUGUCCCCUUGGGCAGUACCAGAUACCGAAGCCACCGCAGGCACCGUCACCAUGGAAACAAGCACAGGAGGAGGAGCAGGGACCAGGCCCUCACCUUGGUUGAGGGUAGAGAGUCUCCACUUUAUGACACUCCCUCCCAGAGAGUGCAGUUCCUGCUGGGCACUGAGGAUGAUGAUGAGGAGCACAUUCCUCAUGACCUCUUCACAGAGAUGGAUGAGAUCUGUAUGAGGGAUGGAGAGGAUUCAGAGUGGAGGGAAAGUGCUAGGUGGCUGAAGUUUGAGGAGGAUGUUGAGGACGGAGGAGAGCGAUGGAGUAAACCCUAUGUAGCCACCCUGUCUCUACACAGUCUGUUUGAGCUGCGAAGCUGCAUCAUCAAUGGCACUGUGCUGCUCGACAUGAGGGCUAAUACCAUUGAAGAGAUUGCUGACAUGGUCUUGGACCACCAGGAGUUAUACUCACCACUGGGGGCUGAGCUGAGAAAGAAAGUGCGGGAAGCGCUGUUGAAGCAGCACCAUCACCAGAACCAGAAAAAGUUGGCGAACCGCCUACCAAUUGUACGCUCCAUUGCUGAUAUGGGUCGACGGACAUCGGAACUCCACCUGGACAAGAAUGGUCAGAUGUCAUCCUCCCAGUCUCAGCUUGCGGGUCCGGAUGGAAAAGGGGAUGUCAGUAGAGAGAACAGUUCUGUUGACUUCAGCAAGAUAGACCUUCACUUCAUGAAGAAGAUCCCUCCUGGGGCUGAGGCGUGUAAUGUCUUAGUAGGAGAGCUGGAAUUUCUGAACAAGCCCGUGGUGGCAUUUGUCCGUCUUUCACCAGCAGUUCUGCUCAAUGGGCUGGCUGAAGUUCCCAUCGCCACAAGGUUUCUGUUUAUUCUCUUGGGGCCGAUGGGUAGAGGGCCUCAGUAUCAUGAGAUUGGUAGGUCCAUUGCAACACUUACGACAGAUGAGGUUUUCCACGAUGUUGCCUAUAAAGCAAAAGACCGGAAUGAUCUGAUUGCUGGGAUUGAUGAAUUCCUCGAUCAAGUGACAGUCCUGCCUCCAGGAGAGUGGGACCCCACCAUACGGAUAGAGCCACCGAAAAAUGUCCCAUCUCAGGAGAAGAGGAAGAAAAGUAACAUCUUGCCUAACGGAUUAGUAGAGGGUGAUGAUGAAGAAGAGCAUGGGGGCCAUGGUGGUCCAGAACUGCAGCGCACUGGAAGGUGGUUUGGUGGCCUCUUUCUAGACAUCAAGCGAAAGGCACCCUACUACCUGUCCGACUACACCGAUGCUAUUAGUUUGCAGUGUGUGGCCUCUUUCCUUUUCCUCUACUGUGCCUGCAUGUCCCCUGUCAUCACCUUUGGAGGACUGCUGGGUGAAGCAACAGAAGGACGCAUAAGUGCAAUUGAGUCACUGUUUGGAGCCUCGCUGACUGGAAUAGCCUAUUCGCUAUUUGCCGGACAGCCCCUUACCAUUCUUGGCAGCACGGGGCCAGUGCUUGUAUUUGAAAAGAUAUUGUUCAAAUUCUGCAAGGAGUAUGGCUUAUCCUAUCUGUCACUGAGAACCUGCAUUGGUCUGUGGACAGCUGUCCUCUGCAUUGUGCUGGUGGCCACAGAUGCCAGUUCCCUUGUUUGUUACAUCACACGGUUUACAGAGGAAGCCUUCGCCUCACUCAUCUGCAUCAUCUUUAUCUACGAGGCCUUGGAAAAACUUAUCCACCUAGGGGAACACUAUCCCUUUAACAAGAACAACAACCUGGACAAACUCACCAUGUACUCAUGUUCAUGCGUUGAGCCUUCUGACCCUACCAACGGCACCCUGAAAUUCUGGGACAUCAACAAUAUCACUGCCUCAGAAAUCUACUGGGAAGCGCUGGAGGUCAAGGACUGUAUUGAAAAGAGAGGAGAGUUUGUGGGCAGCGCCUGUGGCCCUCAUGGACCCUAUGUUCCUGAUGUCCUCUUCUGGUGUGUCAUUCUCUUCUUUUCUACGGUCUUCAUGUCUGCCUUCCUAAAGGAGUUCAAGUUCAGCAAUUACUUUCCCACAAAGGUAAGGUCCAUCAUCAGUGACUUUGCUGUUUUCUUCACCAUCCUUACAAUGGUCUUAGUCGACUACGCCUUAGGGAUUCCUUCUCCAAAGCUAAAGGUUCCCAGUGUGUUUAAGCCAACCAGGGAUGAUCGAGGUUGGUUCAUCAACCCACUGGGGCCCAACCCCUGGUGGACAGCAGUCAUAACGGUGGUCCCAGCUCUGCUUUGUACCAUCCUCAUAUUCAUGGACCAGCAGAUCACAGCUGUCAUCAUCAACAGGAAGGAACACAAACUUAAGAAAGGCUGUGGGUACCACCUGGAUCUCUUCAUGGUGGGGGUGAUGCUUGGUGUGUGCUCCUUGAUGGGCUUGCCGUGGUUUGUAGCAGCCACCGUGCUCUCCAUCACCCACGUCAAUAGCCUGAAGCUUGAGUCAGAGUGCUCAGCUCCCGGUGAGCAGCCCAAGUUCCUUGGCAUCAGAGAACAACGCUUUACUGGCCUCAUGAUCUUUACCCUCAUGGGCUGCUCUGUCUUCAUGACAUCUGUGCUGAAGUUCAUUCCUAUGCCUGUGUUGUAUGGCGUAUUCCUUUACAUGGGAGCAUCUUCUCUUAGAGGAAUUCAGUUCUUUGACCGCCUGACACUGUUCGGUAUGCCCGCCAAGCACCAGCCAGACUUCAUCUAUCUGCGACAUGUACCCCUGAGGAAGGUGCACCUGUUCACCAUCAUCCAGCUCAGCUGUUUGGUUCUGCUCUGGGUCAUCAAAACCUCCAGGGCUGCCAUUGUCUUUCCUAUGAUGGUGUUAGCUCUUGUGUUUAUCAGGAAGCUAAUGGAUUGCAUCUUCACUAAGAGAGAGCUGAGCUGGCUAGAUGACCUCAUGCCAGAGAGCAAGAAGAAGAAGCUUGAGGAUGCUGAAGAGGAGGAGGAGCAGAGUAUACUGGCAGAAGAUGAGGGGGGAGUGCAAGUGCCAUUAGAAGGGUACAAGGGAAUACCUAUCAUCAACAUCACAGAUGAAAUGUCAAAAGGUUCUUUUGGAAAUACUUGGAACCCCAACAGCUAAGACAUUUGAGAAACAAUCAAGAAUAUUAUAGUAAGGUUUUGCACUGCUGAAUAUACAGAAAACUUACUCAGAGGUGAACAAAAACAUGGUUGGUUAUUACAAAUUACAAAACUAACAUCUAUUUGACUAAAAUAUGGACAAGUUCAGUUUAUGAACAACAAAAAAAAAACCCAAAAGAAAACAAAACAAAAACCCCAAAACCCGUGUGAACACGUGUGAGCACUAAUAAGAAUCGGUAAACAUUUCAGUUACAAAACAGUGACAGUAUUUAUCCAAAAGGUUGGCUGCUAUUUUGCUCAUUACAUUUUUUGGCUUUUUCUGGCUGUAUAUGCCUGAUAUUUACAGAAAGCCUUUAUGAAAAAAUAAAUCUCACAAGUUGUUUUUUUCCCUCUUUUGUUUAAUGGUUUCAAAAAACAAAGUGCAAAAAUUAUGUGUUAUGGUUUUAAAUGGGGGGUUAUGUGCUGGACUACCUGUUGGCCAUGUGUGUCAUUUUUACACUUUGGUCUUUAUAUUUUUUUUUAACACAAUACAAUAAUUCAAUAUAAUAUAGACAGUAUAUAAUAAUGUGACGCUCUGAAAGGGGCUAUACUGAAUGAUACGUUUUUUUCCCUUUUGUUACUCGAAGUAUGUUUUGUUAUUAAUUCUUCUGUACUUUUACUCAUGUAAAAUUUUUAAUGUAGGACUUUUACUUUUAAUACAGAAUUUACACACGCUUACAUGCAUAGUAUUGACACACUGCAUACCAUUCAGUUAUACACCUAUCUUUUCUUUCUUGAUGCUAACAGUUUACCACAACAUUCACAGUAUUUCCCCACAAAAUGAGAGUGCAAUAUGAGAAAUGUAAGGUGAAGAAGAUGAAGGACAGUGUUGUGAGUCUUUGUCACUGUUCCUUCUGUGUGUUCUUAAAUCUGCAUUGUGUUCUGUGGUUUAUCAGUCCUUCAAAUUUAGUUUUGUAAAUCUCUGUGCGUAAAUGAAUAACCGUGUUAUUUGAUGUGUUACAAAUAUUCUGCCUGUUCAUGAACCAAUGAAACCUAAUUUAGAAUUUUCUCGUGUUGUUAAUGUCAAAUUGUACUUUCUAAAUUUAGAUACUACAUUGCUAAACAGAAUGUAAUCUGCAAAAAAUGGAAAAAGUUGGUCUUGCUGAGAGACUGUUUUCAUUUUUUUUGUAUUAAUUUUGUUAUAUACUUUGUAUUUUGAGAUACCAUCAUGUCAACAUGGAUUCUUUGUCUGUUUAUAUACUGAUCCCUUAUCAUUCUCUCUCUUCUUAUCAUUCUUCAAGUUCUUUUCAGAUAUUGAACAUGAUAUGAAAUUAAAUAUAACAAUCUAGUAAAUAUUUUAUAAUCUUAAGGUCAUUCUUGACAAUGACCAUAUAAAAACUCUCUGAAAAGCCAUACACAAAUGUAUACAAAGUCCUAUAUAUAAAAUGCCUGUAAAAUAUAUGUUUCUGACAUAUGUUCAAGGGACAAUUUUCAAUCCCUCCUAAUGAUUGUGACUAACAAGCCUAAGAUGAGAAUGAGUGCUUUAAAAUAUUUACUAAAGGACAAUAUAAAUUUUUUCAGAACCAAAUACAAAAGCACUUUUUAUGCUAGAAUAUCCAAUAAAUAUUUAUAUGAGAAAUUAUUUAUCUCUAUUUAUUUUGUGGAAUGAAAUAAAUAUGUAUGCUACGGAAUACCUAACAGAGACUUACAGUAUUUUGCUUCCUUGUGUCAGUGUAUUGCUUAUACUGUAAAUGUAAUGAUCUCAUAAUGUGCUUUAAAGUUGGUAUAGUUUAUUUGUCGCAAAUUUUUUAAGCUUGGUCAUAAAGGCAUUUAACCCUAAAACAUUCAAAUUCUGAUCCACAUCUGAGAAUUCCAAUAAGGUUGAAAUGUUGGAGUUCAUAAAGAACUGAAAAGGGGUUUAUUUAAAAAAAAAAUUACUUAACAAGCACAA